AACAGUGAGGUUCCGAGACCGAGAGGCGUUCACCAAGAGUACACAGUUAAACAGAAACAAGUCCAGGGAUUGCGAGCUGCAGCAGCAGCAAUAUGUUAGCCUCCGUUCCCGCCCGACUGGCGCUGCUCGCUCUGAUAAGCCUGCAGGCAGCUCCCCAGCUCCUGGCAGCUCCGUUUCCCGGAAUCGAGAAUGCAGCCUUUACCAGCCAAGAUUUAUUGGCCGAGGAAUCCUCGCCCGUUUCAAGUUUGAGCCAGGUCCACGUCCAGCACAAUCGGCAUCGUCGCCAUCAUGGGGACGGCAAUCACGGCUACGGGCAUAGCCACCACAAGCGGCACUGGGAUCACCAGUUUUCGGGUCCGGGUCCGGGUCCGGGUGCGAGCUGCCAUCACCAUGGCGGAUUUGAAUUCGAGCAUCCACACCAUGGGCCACCCCACCAUAGAUUCGAGCCAUUUCCACACGGUUUUGAGCCUUUCCCAAACACCUUUGGACCGCCGGGACAUGAGGAGCACCAGCGUCCCUUUAAAGCUGAACUGGCGCCAUUUAAAGAUGACAAAGAAAGAUCUCCCUCGACGCCCCAACAACCCAGCUCAAGCAGCGCGGCUCCGUCACCGGCUCCCACCGUAACGUCGCCACCUGCAACCACAAGCUCCACCUCAUCAUCCACUGCAGCACCCACACCCACCAGCUCCAGCACCGAAGAUGCCCCCUUGGCCAUUGACAUACGCAUCGGUUUAAGUUAAGCCUGAGCUUUGUUUAAAUGUGUAACAAUAAAGUUGCUCCCUUUAACCACAA